CUUUAAUUUUACACAAUGUCUCAGCAUUCAGAAAAAGAGUGUAUUGACGCUAGCACAACAAAUAUUGGUCUUUGCACAUCUCCUUUAAUUAAAUUUGUAUGGAAUAUGGCUAACACAAGAGUAUUAUUAGAUUUAUGGAAAGAUAAUUACAAUGCAUUAACAUCUGCAAGAAGAAACACAAAUAUUUACAAACAAAUGGCAGCUGAAUUUUCAAACACAUUUAAUAUCGUACCUCCGUUAACUGGAUAUCAAAUUCAAUCUAAAAUUAGUAAUUUGAGGAAACAAUUUAGACGAGAAAAACUUCAAGUUGUUCAUCGGGAGGAGCUCCUAGUAAAUGGUGGCCUUACGAUAUUGUUGCUAAAAUAAUAGGUGGUGAAGCUUCCCUUGACAAUGACCUUUUAUCUCAAAGUCAAAACUUUUCUACUCAAGAUUUUCAAGAUAGU